UUCUUUCGAUUUUCAUAUUCUCGUUCUGUUUGUACCUUGGCGGUUGCCGUCCGUCUUUGUUGACAACAAACAUGGCGUCUUCAAUGUCACUCGUCGGUUUAGGACGUCUAUUUACAGCCAAUGUUUCUUCUAAAUGGCUCUUGAAUCCCCUCAGGUCUACAUGCACGUCAGCACCGAGGCUGGCAGGGAAAUCAGGACAAGACACACAACUUAUUACAGUUGAUGAGAAAUUGGACAUCACCACCGUGACAGGAGUCCCAGAGGAGCACAUCAAAACCCGUAGAGUUCACAUUUUUGUGCCCACCAAAACGGCCAUGCAGUCCGGAAACAACAGCCUCAAGAAGUGGAAGAUGGACUUCGAUACCCGGGAGCGCUGGGAGAACCCGCUGAUGGGCUGGGCCUCCACAGCCGAUCCCCUUUCCAACAUGGUGCUGUCGUUCUCCUCAAAGGAAGAUGCCAUCGCUUUUGCUGAGAAAAAUGGCUGGAGCUACGAAGUCACGGAGAAGAGGAGCUCCAAGCCCCGAGUCAAGUCCUACGGAGCGAACUUCUCCUGGGACAAGAGGACCAGGAGAAGCGCCAAGUAAACUGAAGCUCCGCCUCCACCUGCAUCAUUCUUGUCAAUAAAUGCACCAUUAUAUAUAAAUCUAAAUCAAACAUU